AUGGGAGCUGUGAGCAGUUGUUGCGGACCAAGGCGAAAGAACAGUUAUGAACCACUUUUACUUGAGAAUGAGAGAGAAGCAGUAGCGGAUUUAUUACAGUACUUGGAAAAUCGAUCAACAACCAAUUUUUUCUCAGGAUCACCUUUGGCUGCUCUGACAACACUCUCAUUCUCUGACAAUGUGGAUUUACAAAGAUCAGCAGCGUUGGCUUUCGCUGAAAUCACAGAAAAGGAAGUAAGGGAGGUGGGAAGAGAUACUUUGGAUCCUGUACUUUACCUCUUGACAAGUCAUGAUCAUGAAGUCCAAAGAGCUGCCAGUGCUGCUCUAGGCAAUUUAGCUGUAAAUGCCGAAAAUAAGUUAUUGAUUGUUUCGCUUGGUGGUCUUGAACCCCUUAUAAGACAGAUGUUGAGCUCAAAUGUGGAAGUACAGUGUAAUGCCGUAGGAUGUAUAACCAAUCUUGCUACUCAUGACGAGAAUAAAACUCAAAUCGCAAAAUCAGGAGCUUUGAUCCCCUUGACUAGAUUGGCUAAAUCAAAGGACAUGAGAGUGCAGAGAAAUGCCACUGGUGCACUAUUGAACAUGACCCACUCAGACGAAAAUCGCCAACAACUUGUUUCGGCUGGAGCUAUACCCGUCCUUGUCAGCUUGCUCAAUUCUCCGGAUACCGAUGUUCAAUAUUACUGCACUACUGCUUUGAGUAACAUUGCUGUCGAUGGCACAAACCGCAAAAGACUCGCAACUUCGGAACCUAAACUAGUCCAAAGUCUUGUUCAACUCAUGGAUAGUCAAAGUUUGAAAGUGCAAUGUCAAGCUGCAUUGGCCCUUCGUAACCUCGCAUCUGACGAAAAAUACCAGCUUGAAAUUGUAAAAUUUGAUGGACUUAAGCCUUUACUUCGACUACUUCAUUCUACUUAUCUUCCUUUGAUCCUAUCAGCAGCAGCAUGUGUUCGAAAUGUAUCAAUUCAUCCAGCAAAUGAAUCACCAAUUAUUGAUUCAGGAUUUCUUCAACCUCUCAUCGAGCUACUGUCAUUCGACGAAAAUGAAGAAGUUCAAUGCCACGCUAUAUCGACUCUCAGAAAUCUGGCUGCAUCAAGUGAAAGGAACAAGGGAGCUAUCGUGGAAGCUGGAGCUGUGGAAAGGAUCAAAGAAUUGGUUUUGACAGUACCGUUGGCUGUUCAGAGUGAAAUGACCGCUUGUGUGGCCGUUUUGGCUUUGAGUGACGACCUCAAACCGCAAUUACUCGAGAUGGGAAUAUGCGAAGUUCUCAUUCCUCUCACCAACUCAUCCAGCGUAGAAGUACAAGGCAAUUCCGCUGCCGCACUUGGUAAUCUCUCUUCGAAAGCUGCCGAGGACUACGCCCCGUUCAACGCUGUUUGGAAUAAGCCUGACGGAGGUUUACACGCAUACUUGGUCAGAUUCUUGAGCAGCGCGGAUAUAACUUUCCAACAUAUUGCCGUAUGGACGAUUGUGCAAUUAUUGGAAGCUGAAGAUGAUCAAUUGACCAACAACAUCAGAUCAUCACCUAUACUAAUGUCUUCAAUCCGACAAUUAGCAGCUUCACCACCACCUUCACGUGGAGGAAGGAAUGAGAUAUCGCAAGGCUCAGAUGAAGAUUACGAGGAUGAUGGAUUGGAUGGUGAAGGUGAAGGUGAAAUUGCAACAUUAGCAAGGAGAAUAUUGGAUUUGACUGAAGAUGGCGAUAAUUCAAGAGAUACCAACCAAGGUUCCCAUUUUUCAAAUACAACAAAUCAACACCAAUCUAGAGAUGAUGGGAAUGUUGGAAGUUUAGGUAGUGAACAUGCUGCUCUUAGAGCUAGUGUACAUCGAGCAUUAAGUGGUGGGCAUUGA